UUGGAUCAUAAGGCCAGGUGAUCUGGGGCGUUGAAUCAUGUACAAGAGUUGGAAAUUUUACCAGUGUCCUUGAUGAGGUAUAUUUGGUCAUAUUGAUUUGAGGGAUGAUGAGCAGGAGGUCCAGGGGCAAGCAAUCCGUUUACCUUGGCCUCCUCAACCUCCUCCUCCGAUCCCCACAAAAAGAUUCAACCUAGCUGGUCAAAUCUACAUUUUUUUCAUAGCCGAUUUGGGCAAGGGGAUUGGAAUGCGUUUUGAGAAUUUUUGUCUUGAUCAGGAUUGAGAUAUGAAUUUGCUGUAGGGUGUUUGGUGAUCUUGAUAUUCAGGCAUUUUGGAUUUGGAGAGUGUGUCCAGUCAGGCAAUGGAUUCAGACCAAGGGAAGCUAUUCAUUGGUGGGAUAUCAUGGGAGACAACUGAAGAUCGACUCAAGGACUAUUUUAAGUCUUUUGGAGAGGUUGUUGAGGCAGUGAUAAUGAAGGAUAGGACUACUGGGCGAGCCCGUGGUUUUGGUUUUGUAGUUUUCUCAGACCCUGCAGUUGCUGACAGAGUUGUGUUGGAUAAGCAUAUCAUUGAUGGUCGAACGGUGGAAGCGAAGAAAGCUGUUCCCAGAGACGAUCAACAGAGUAUAAAUAGGGCCAAUAACACCGGCCAUGGAUCACUCAAUCAAGCUAGGACAAAGAAGAUUUUUGUAGGUGGCUUAGCUUCUACCGUCACUGAGAGUGACUUUAGAAAAUAUUUUGAGCAAUUUGGUACAAUUACAGAUGUUGUUGUGAUGUAUGAUCAUGGUACUCAGAGGCCUAGAGGAUUUGGGUUCAUUACUUUUGAUUCAGAAGAUGCAGUAGACAAGGUUUUGCAAAAAAAUUUCCAUGAUCUUAAUGGAAAAAUGGUGGAGGUUAAGAAGGCAGUGCCAAAAGAGCUUUCUCCUAGUCCUGCUCGGACUCCCAUUGGUGGAUUUGGCGUAGGUGGAAAUCGUGGUAGCAAUUUUAGUAUUGGGUAUGGACAGCCAUAUAAUUCAAGUCCUGCAGCUGGCUAUGGGGUUAGGAUGGACAAUAGAUACGGCCCUAACUCUGGAGGUAGAGGUGGAUAUCCUACCUUUGCAACUGCUGGCUAUGGAAUGAGUGCAACAUUUGGACCUGGAAUGAAUCAGGGAUAUAAUGGUGGCGGUUUUAGUAGCAAUUUCAACUAUGGCACAAGCCCAGGGGUCAACUAUGGAGGAGCUUCAAGUGGGUAUGGUGGUCCUGUUGGCCAUGGUGGAAGCAGUGCGGGAAAUGGAACAUACACCAACACACAAUCUGGAGGGAGGAGUAUGUGGAGUCAAGGAAAUUUGGGUUACAGCAGUCCUUCAAAUUCCACUGGUUAUAUGGGUGUAGGGAGUGGGAAUAUGACUGGCUAUGCAAGUGGGACAAGAGCUUGGGGUUCUUCUACCUCUGGCUCAGGUCAGGCGGCUGGCAGCAGUUCAAGCCUUGCCAGUGGAAGCUUUGGUUAUGGAAAUGUUGAAAAUGGUUAUGGUCCCAGUGCACUCGGUGCAGGAAGCUAUGCAGGACGAAGCACUGGCUAUGGAGUUGGGAAUUUGACAUAUGGGUCAUUUGGGUCAGCAACAGGUGGUUAUGGAGGAGCUUAUACUGAUAUGUAUGGAAGCUCUGGGUAUGGAGAUACCACUUGGGGAUCCAGGACAAAUGACUCGGGAGGCACUUUGGCUGGUUAUGGACUUGGUAGUACUGUUACAGAUGGUCCUUCAAAUGGUUCCACAAGUUAUGUAGGAGGUUAUGGAGAUACGGGCAGACAAACACAUAGAGGAGUUGCAGCAUAGUUUUUUCAAGUCAAGAAGACAGUCUUGGCUCUGUAUCAUCUUUUGCAGCUUAGGAGCAACAGGGUCAGUACUGUUGAGUUUGAGAUAGCAGUUAUAGGUUGGAUCCAUUUGAUCGUCUGUACGACUACAAAUUCUACUCUGUCCUAAUUCAUAGGUGGAGAACUUCACAAGCUGACCAGAGUUUACAAUGCCUUGCAAUUACAAGGACCAACUGUGUGAUAACCUUCAUAAUAAAUUUAGUAUUGGCUAUAGUAUUUUCUUUUAUGGGUUUUGGCUGAGGCAUAAAAUCAGACUGCGGUGGUAGAUUAACUCUUAUGAAUCCAUUGAACAGCUCUACCAAACAUUCCAAGAGUGCCUGACUAAAGUGUUGGGAUUUGAGUAUCUUUUCUGUCCAAUUCAGAUGGUUGGACUGGUGUAAUGCUUAAUUUGAUGUUUUUAAGUUGACAUCCAUGCCAUCAGUGUUUUUGCUAUGUGUUUGUAAGGGCCAUAAAAGGCCUAAAUAACUGAGAGUAUGUAUAACUUCAUUUAGGUUAUAUAAGUCUGCUAGGAAACAGAUUUGAUUUG